CAAGAAGAGCCAGGUUACCUGGAGGGGGUCGCGGGAGAGGGUGAUCAGUUUCAGAUGUUUGAGAUGAAAAUUCGACGGGACCGAAGUUUUACAAUCUAGGACUUUCACCUUGUUAUAAUGAAUGCAGUAGACAUCACUUUUGUUGAAUAGCUCUUUUCUGUUCAGGGAGGCCUCAGGGUUUACUUGUUUAAUGGGGAAACAUGUUGGUUAUUUAAAGUGGAUACACUCAGGUAACAGUAAAGCUGGUCGAGAAACUGUUUCGUUAACACCUCUUUUUCAAGGUAACAGCAGUAUUACAGGUUCUCGUGCAUUUUCGUGGAGUCUCCGGAUUUUUGAGUUGUAAAUUUUGAACCUAGAAUUUUACUCUUUUGACUAUCACUCAUUCAAAGUGCAUAGGAGAUAGGAAUAAUCAGUGUUACUGAUUUGUUUUUUAUUUAAGGUCAGUUUCGCUUUCUUUUCUUAUCACUGAAUCAAGUCCACAGUGGUUUGUAAGGGUUUAAGGCUAGUCGUUUCAUUUACUGAAAAGUAAUUGAAAUCAAGGCUGUUAUCUUUUUAAAGCUUGUGUGUUUUCCUCUUAAGUAGAAAUGUUACAAGAACGUGGAUUACAUUGUUUAUGAAGAAGCAGAGUGUAUCAGUUUCUUUCUUUCUUGUUUUUUUUUUUUAACAUAUAUUGAUAUUGUUACCUUUAUGUGGAGUGCUACAAGGUUUAAGACAGCCAUAUGCUUAUUUUUAAAACGAGAAAGAAUAAUGCAUUCUGGUAUUUGAUAGAAAUAUCAUUUAAGGGACUGAACAUUUAAAAACUUUUGAAUAAAAGAUUGUAGUUAAAGCAAAGGAAACAUUUGUAAAGUCGAUUUGUUGUCUCAUUCCUCCGGGCACAUCCAACCUUGAUUGGUGUACUUGUUUAUUUCACACAUGGUUUUGUAACUUUUUUGUAUAUCAUCACAAGAUGCUGAGAGAAAUUUUAACUUUUCUUGGAAGUAGUUGCUUAAAAGUCCUGAUAUAACAGUGACUCUUAGAAGCUGUACUGAGAGUAAAGAACACGUAACCGUAUGAAUCUUAUGAGUCUUAGGUUGUAUACAGUAUUGCUUGGCUUCUAGAAGGGUUAUCUCUGUAGCAGACGUAAUUGAGUUUGAUACUUGAUGGUUUUAGAAUAAGUAAUCAUUGGCUGAAUAUACAAAUGAAGACAAAUGGAUGGUUUGGGUUUGUUUUCCCCAAAUUAUAAUGGUAAAUGGUUAUUGAUGAUUGAGUAGUAGGCUUUCCUUAAUUAUUUUCAUUUAAGACACCCCCCUCCCCCAUGGCAAUCAGAGCAAGUAAAAUGGCUUUAUUUGGUCAUUUGUUAAUGAUUGUCCUGAAGGGAUGUUUAUCCUGGGAAAACCGAGGUUUUUGCUAUUAAAUGUUAUUGUAAAUAAGGCUGAAUUAACCUUUCCUCAGUACUGUUUUGGCUUUCUUCUUUUUGCUCCUCCUCUUCCUCUUCUUUUGUUUUCUUACUCUUGCCUUCACUGUGUUCCAUGGAGUAGACUUUAUUUGGAUAACACAGCUCAAGCUUUCCUCCUGAAUGAAGAUCCUGUAUCUUAGAUUGACUUACAAUUCAUUUCUGAUUUUAUUAAGAUCUAAUCUAACGUCUACUUUUUUAGUUCUACAUAAGAUCCCCCAAAUUUCUCAAGGUUGUGCUUUCGGGGUGGGGGGGGGGCUAUAAUUAUGCCGUAAUUUUAAAUUACAAUAGAAUUGAGGCUUUUCUUUAAACCUUCUUGUGAACAGACUGUGCACCACAGCAUUUGUUGAGGUGGCACACAUGUGGAUGUUUAUCAUCCUUUAACUUGACUGUAUUGAAUAUUUUUAAAAACCCGUUUUAAAGGCUAUUCCUGCUUCAGAGUAGAAACGAGAUACAGUAUGUGAAUGAGAUAGUGUAUGCAAGUCACUGAGCACAAACCGGUGCUAAAUGCAAACGCUGGUUCCUUCCUAUCCUUGGAAUUCAUUCGUUUGUUGGGCACAUGUGUGGAAAGCGUUCUGGGUGCCAGGUUGGGGGUAGAAAUGCACGCAUGAUGGGGAGCAACGGGUGGAGCCGCCGUGGAGUAAGUCGGGGCGGAGGCGCUACCGCAGAAUCCGCACCAGGCUGCCGUGGGGGCCUGCGGGAGGGCUGCUGACCCAGCCUUGGGGGACGGGUGUCGUCAAGGAAGGCGUCCCAGAGCAGAUGGAUUCUAAGCUGAAAAGUGGAAGUGUUAACCGGCCGGAGGUGGAAGGAUGGAGGGGAGUUAGGCGAGGAAGAACUGCGAGGGAGAGCCCAGAGAGAGCAGAGUUGAACAAUGACCAUAGUUGACAAAGCUUCUGAAUCCUCAGACCCACCAGCCUAUCAGAAUCAGCCUGGCAGCUCAGAGGCGGCCUCACCUGGAGACAUGGAUGCAGGUUCUGCCAGCUGGGGGGCCGUGUCUUCGUUAAAUGAUGUCUCAAACCACACGCUUUCUCUAGGACCAGUACCUGGUGCUGUAGUUUAUUCCAGUUCAUCUGUACCUGAUAAAUCAAAGCCGUCACCACAAAAGGAUCAAGCCCUAGGUGAUGGCAUUGCUCCUCCACAAAAAGUUCUUUUCCCAUCUGAGAAAAUUUGUCUUAAGUGGCAACAAACUCACAGAGUUGGAGCCGGGCUCCAGAAUUUGGGCAACACCUGUUUUGCCAAUGCAGCAUUGCAGUGUUUGACUUACACGCCGCCUCUUGCCAAUUACAUGCUAUCACAUGAGCACUCCAAGACAUGUCACGCAGAAGGAUUUUGUAUGAUGUGUACCAUGCAAGCACAUAUCACCCAGGCACUCAGUAAUCCUGGGGAUGUUAUUAAGCCGAUGUUUGUCAUUAAUGAGAUGCGGCGUAUAGCUAGGCACUUCCGCUUUGGAAACCAAGAAGAUGCCCAUGAAUUCCUUCAGUACACUGUUGAUGCUAUGCAAAAAGCAUGCUUGAAUGGCAGCAAUAAAUUAGACAGACACACCCAGGCUACCACACUCGUUUGUCAGAUAUUUGGAGGAUACCUAAGAUCUAGAGUUAAGUGUUUAAAUUGCAAAGGUGUCUCCGAUACGUUCGAUCCGUAUCUCGAUAUAACGUUGGAGAUAAAGGCUGCUCAGAGUGUGAACAAGGCGCUGGAGCAGUUCGUGAAGCCCGAGCAGCUCGACGGGGAAAACUCGUACAAGUGCAGCAAGUGUAAAAAGAUGGUUCCAGCUUCCAAGAGGUUUACUAUACACAGAUCCUCUAAUGUUCUUACACUUUCUCUGAAACGGUUUGCAAAUUUUACUGGUGGAAAAAUUGCUAAGGAUGUGAAAUACCCUGAGUACCUUGACAUCCGACCGUACAUGUCUCAACCAAACGGGGAACCGAUUAUUUAUGUCCUGUAUGCAGUACUGGUCCACACCGGCUUUAACUGCCAUGCUGGCCACUACUUCUGCUACAUCAAAGCUAGCAAUGGCCUCUGGUAUCAGAUGAACGACUCCAUCGUAUCCACCAGUGAUAUUAGAUCGGUACUCAGUCAACAAGCUUACGUACUCUUUUAUAUCAGGUCCCACGAUGUGAAAAAUGGAGGUGAACUCACGCAUUCCACUCACAGCCCCGGCCAGUCCUCGCCCCGACCCGUAAUCAGCCAGCGGGUUGUCAGCAACAAACAGGCCGCAUCAGGGUUUAUGGGACCACAGCUUCCCUCUCAUGUGAUAAAGAACCCACCUCACUUAAAUGGGACCGGACCAUUGAAAGAAGCACCGAGCAGCUCCAUGUCAAGUCCUAGUGGAAAUUCCAGUGUCAGCCGGGCCGGGUCUGUUAAUGCUUCGACUUCUGUUCAGAACUGGUCCGUUAACAGGCCCUCUGUGAUUCCAGAACAUCCCAAGAAACAAAAAAUCACGAUCAGUAUUCACAACAAGUUACCUGUUCGCCAAGGCCAGUCUCAGCCCAGCCUUCACGGCCCUUCUCUGGACACCCCGAGCAAGCCGGUUCCCUCCUCCACCGUCACCAGUUCUGCAAUGCAGUCUACCUCGAGCGCAUCUAUGACAGCAGUUUCUAGCAAAGUCACGAAGCAGAUGACCCCGAGUGAGUCCUGUUCUAAGCCUGUGAUGAACGGCAAGUCCAAGCUGCGCUCCAGUGUCCUGGUGCCCUACGGUGCCGAGUCGUCCGAGGAGUCUGACGAGGAGGCAAAGGGCCUGGGCAAGGAGAACGGUCUCGGUACGAUCGAGAGCUCGAACUCUUCCGUGCAGGAUGCUGAAGACGACGAGGCCUCUCCGCUCGAGCUUCGAGAGCCUGUCGCUCUAAAUGGUGCUGACAGUCCAGACAGCGACCUGAAAGAGAACGGUCUGCCCUGCGAUGGUGCCCGCUGCCCAGUCCAGCCUGCCCUACACUCAGAAAAUCCCUUUUCUAAGGCGAACGGUCUUCCCGGAAAGUCGAUGCCCGCUCCCCUGCCCCCUCUCCCGGAAGACAACAUCUUAGAGACCUUCAAACUCGGCAGCAAAGUGAAAGGUGCCACCGAAGAGACAAGUUCACCUGGAACCGAGGAAGGUCCUGCAGAGGGUCCCGGCGCAGAGCUCGAGCCUGGCAGCCCCUCUCCCGAUUCCCGGGAGAAACCGGAGACACUCACGAGUCUUAGCAGCAAAUUAAAGAAGGCCUCGCCACCCUCGGACCCCAGCAUCCAAUCUACCAAAGAAGAAGUCUCUGAAAACAUUGCAGCAAAACCCGAGGAGUUUUCGCCCGGUGCCGACGAUCUCUGCGGCAGCACCAGGAACGGCGCGGGGGACGAUCCGCUCCCUAAGCCGUGCGGCCCCGGGGAUUUAACAGACGACCAGAGCAGACCAGCCCAGGCUGCAUCAGGGACGCGCACAGACAGCCCGCUGGCCUCGGCCGUCGUGGAGGCGGCGCAGGGUUCGAGCCCAAGUCCCCCGGCUCGUUCCGAGGGCGCCUGCGAGCACGAGCCCUUCUGCGUCACCGGAGACAAGCGCGCGGACACGGACACGGAGGGCCCUUGGAAGGGCGCGGGCGCGGCCGCCGCCGACCUCCCCUCUCCCCAAGUAGACACGGGUACAGAGCAUCGCUCGGAAGGGGGCCCCGAGCAGAGCCACGGCGAAAAACGUGAAGAAAAUAAGGUGGGACAGAAAGUUCCAGAUCGCUCUCCGGUUAAGGAAAAAAUCAGUAUCCUCAGAAGAGUUGACCGAGGACAUUAUCGCAACCGAAGAGAUCGUUCCUCCAGCGGAGAACGCGCGAGGGAGAGCCGGAGCAAGACCGAGGACCGCUACCACCGAAAGCGGCGCUCGUACACGAGGGAGCGGCCCAGGCAGGACCGCUACAGGACGGAGCACUGCGGCGGGAGCCAGCACCACCCCUGCCACGGCGAGCGGGCCAGCCCCGGCGAGCCGCGCUCCCUGGCCAGGUACGGCCACCACCACCCUCGGAGCCGGGGCGGCUCGGAGCAGGAGUGGGGCCGGUACCACCACUCGGAGGGCGAGCACCCCUGGGCCCGGGAGAAGUACUACCCCGAGAAGCUGCGCUGGGACAAGUGCCGGUAUUACCACGACAGGUACGCCCUGUACGCGGCGCGGGAGUGGAGGCCCUUCCACGAGCGCCCGUACGACAAGGCGGCCGCGGCCGGCCGGCCCUACCGGGACUGCUACAGGAGCAGGAAGGGCUGCGAGGCGGCCGCUAAGGGGAAGGGUCGGCACCGCUUCAGCCCCCGCGCCGGCCCGCCCCCCGCGCCCCUCCCCUACCCCGAGAAGCACCCCCACGAGAAGCUCGCGCCUGGAGCCGAAGACGACACCUGUGACCUCGCCGGCCGGUUUCACGACCACGAGAACGUCAAGUCGCGGAAACGGAGGUACGACAGCCUGGAAAACGGCGACGGUCGCGGAGAAAAGAGAGCCUGGAGAGGCGCACAGAAGGAGCCUUUGGAAGAGCCGAAAGCGAAGAAGCACAAAAAAUCAAAGAAGAAAAAGAAAUCCAAAGACAAACACCGAGACCGAGAUUCCAGGCAUCAGCAGGAUUCCGAUCUUUCGGUCGCGUGCUCUGAUGCCGACCUCCACAGACACAAAAAAAAGAAGAAGAAAAAGAAGAGGCACUCAAGGAAAUCCGAGGACUUUGUUAAAGACUCAGAGCCACACCUCCCCAAGGCCGCCAGCCAUGAGACUGUUGACCGUUUCCGGAGAACGGACGGCGCUUUCCCCCUCACUGAUGGGCUGCCUCUGGAAGGCGUUGGGCCUUUCUGUGAGAAGAGAAAACAUUUAAGGAUGGGAAGCAGGGAUGACAGGUGUCCUCUGUCUGAGUGUGGCCAGGGUAAGAGGCGAUACUUGGAAUUAAGAAUAUAGAAACGAUUUCUUGCUGACACGCGGGAAGAGACCCUCACGUGGCACGAAAGGGUGGACCCUUCGGUAGGAGCCCCGCUGCCCCGGCCCAGCCCCGGCUCCCGGGCAGAGCGCGGGCUUCGGUGGCGCGGUGUGGGGACCCGGAACCGGUCCCUUAGUGCUGAUGGAGAACCUCGGUGACGUGGAGCCGGGCUCAGCAGAGCCUCUGUGACGAGGCCGCUGGAGGUUGUGGCUCUGGGGGUGUGUGUGUGGCUCCUGAAGGACCAGAACUUCUGUUUCUAAGCCAUUUCUGAUAGAAACGUUUUCACGGUAUUUUCUUUCUUAAACCUCUAGACCUCGGAGUGCGAGCUUAAACUCAGUUCGAGGGCUCGGGUCAUUAGGAACAUCCGCUGUCGCUGUCGGCCGGCCUGGCCUCUCGGGGCACCUGGACUGCGGGGCGCUGGCUCCUGCUGCGCGGCUCCCCCCAGGCCGGGGCGCCGCGGGGGCUGGAUUCUUACCGCCUUGCACCGCUGUCUCCGCCCUCUGUCCUCACACCGCACUUAAAGCCGCCCCCGUCCCUCCAUCCGGUUUGUGCGGGUGACCCACAGGCCGGGCGAGGUGUCCCCGCUGGUCCCCGUGUGGCCUGCCAGCUAAGAAAGGCUUUCGGGUUUUAAAUGGCUGGAGGCACCCAAAGGGGAAGACGGUUGUCCUCUGGCCUUUUGUACAAACGGCCCCAGACGCCUGAGGUGUGCUCUUGGGACUUUGAUGCGUCGUCUUGGUGACCCAGAGGCCCUUUGGUUGUGUGUUUUGAGGGCAGACCGGUCCUUCCAGUGGCCCCCGGUCGGUGUGGUUGUUGACCAAGGAGGGACAGAUGGGCCCUGAGCGUGAGGGAGGCAGUGUCCCAGCGGGAGGGACAUGGGAGGCUCGGGACAGAGAAGCGUGGCCGUGGCCGGCCAGACGGUGACGCGGGGCCGUUGUCUGCCCUGGGCUUUUUUUUUUUUUUUAAGGUGUUGAUGAUACGGAGUUUCAGAUCCGUGUCCCGUGACCCUUUUGGUGAUUUGGGAAAGGGGCUUGGCCUGGUGAGGGUCAAGUCCCUUCUGACCACCGCCUAGUACUUGGGAGGAAGUGGUGGGCGGCUUCCCAGCCGUUCUGCCUGUUGCCAGACCCCCCCCCCCCCCCCCCCCGGCUGCAGUUGCCUGGUGAGGACCACGGUCGGUGGCUGGCAGCACACAUUGGUGGCUCCGGAGGGAAAACGGGUUGAGUGUAAGCCUGAGCCGUUGGCAUUUGGGGGCCACACGUGUGUCCCUAGGGGCUGCGAUACGCCUCUGUGUUGGUUGAGCGGUGGCCCUUUGUGUCCUGGGCGAUGGCACUCGAAGGCUGGUGUGCGGCCAGCGCUUCCGGGGAGAGCAGACGGAGGAAUCCGCGUGCCUGUCCCAUCCUGUCCUCUUCAAGGACAGGGACCACCUGCUUGGCCUUCCAUGCCAAACAUCCCUGUCUUCUGGCUGAGGAUGACAGACCCUGUGGCCCCCCUGCCACGUGUCCCCUGGUCCUGGUAACUUGACCUGUCAGACUCCCGUCUUCCGGCCCCACGACACGCUGCCUGGUUUCUUUGGCCUGAGAUCUGCUCUCUCCUGCGGGGACAGUGCUGAUGGGUGUGGGCGGAGAGGGCCCCGUCCCCACCCCCACCGGCACGGCUUUCGGUGCAUCUCAGCCAUCACGGAAGGUCUUGUUUCCAGUAGAAGGCUUGGCGACUGCACGCGCCGGCUCGUCUCGUCCUCGUCCUCGUCCUCGUCCCCGUCCCGUGCGGGGACGGAUUUCGGGCAGCGAGCACCCAGCCGCCGAGAAGGGGUUCUGGUUGUAAUCACUUGCGCCCACACAGCAGCAGGCACGAACCAUUCUGCAAAACCGUCAUUAAAAUCUCUUUCCUGAUCUUUGCUUUCUAGGUGAUUGAAAACUUGGCCUCAAAACAAAAAACUCACUAGUUAUGGUAAGCGGUUUUCUAUCUGUACGUUUCAUAGUUGCUUGUGGAGGCGCCGCGGGGACGCAGAUGAGGAGUUGGGGGCCUCGGGGACCAGGCAGUGCCGCGGGGAGCAGGUGCGGGAGGCUCCCCCAGGCCGGCGCCGCGCGGAGCCGCGCUCAGACCUCGGCCCCUCGGCCCGCCUCCUCGGGUCCGGCCCCCGUCUCGCCGGGCGGCGCCACCCGGUUCCCUCCUCCUCCCCUCGUCGUAAGAAAACGAGGGAGAGCGGAAAGCGCCAGAAUCCACACAGACGGAGAAGCCCCUUUCCGCCGCCCGGCCUGCCCCGCCGGCCGAGGAGAGCAGCCCCCCGGAAUCGCCAUCCUACCCGCGGCCACCGGUCCCCGUGCCUCGGGAGCGAGGGCUUGGCGGACCCCACGCCGGACACGCUCGCCUGCUGGCGCCCGGCCGGGAGCGCCGAGUCCGCGCGCGCACCCAGAAAUCACACUGAUUUCGGAAGGACUCGGCGUUAUUUGAACGAGGUCGGGGCGCCUCGUGACCGAUCGGGACUCGGACCGUGACGCGGCGGCCCCGGGGAGAGAGUAGUGCAGGUCGGCGGCCCGCGUCAGCCGAGGGAGGCGGGAGAGCGUGCCCUUCUCUCCGGAGAGGGGACGUCGUCCCGUGUGGCUCCCAGGCCGCAGGGGGGAUUUGAAACGGAUCUCACUGAAGUGUCUGCGGAGGAUUAACGUGCAGUUAACCAACCUGCUUAGUCCGUGUGUCUUAAGGAAAAGGCCGAAGCCUGAUUAAGGAAUCAGGCUCCUCUCUAGCGAGAGGGGAUUGAAGGCCGGAGAGGAUUAGCGGCAGCCGGGCUCGGGCCCAGCAGGUGGCUCCCUCCGCGCGUCCGUCCGGAACAGCCCGCUUCCUUCUCCGCCCUUCCGGAAGGCAGAGGGCCCGUGGUCGGGAAGAAGCGCUCCCCCAGGGAGCCCGGACUGUGCGGGAAGGAAGGCCCCGACUGGGGUGGUGGCGGGGGAGCCGCCCCGCCGCCCGCCGCCCGCCCCGGGAGGUACUAACGCCCGCUGCUUGCCGCCUCUUGUCUUUCAGAUUCAGCGUGUUCAACAGAAGCCAUCCCCAACCCAGCUUAAAUUAUAAAUGUAGAAAUAACUCUGUUCAAAUCUGCGUGGUGCUUCUUUAGUAAAUACUGUACAGAUUUUACCAUGGAGGACUUUUUUUUAGUUUUUACCUUUUCUUAAUUCCCCUUAUUCCAAACGGACGAACCCUUUCUACAACUGCUGACCGUUGUAAACAGCGUGUACAUAAAUCCCACGGACAGUGACGCCCUGGACUGGAACAUCUCAAUGCUGCUUAAUCAGACUCAGGUGGACUGCUCGCAUUCCAUGGAAAAGCUCCUUCAAGCCAGACCUCCGGUGCGAGAGCAGCCGGGAAACCAUGGAAUUAGUAAAAGUACAAACAAACUGACAGUGUGUAUAUUUAAUUUAAAGACUUAUUUAAAGAUUCACGAGCUCUCGACUAGACUUGGGAGCAGUCUGUUUUCUGUAAUGUCUGAUACUAGAAACUAAUUCGCUUCAUAUUUUAGUUGUAUUCAAGAUUUGAAAAUGUAUUUUAUAGACAAGUUCUGUUUUUGAACUUUGUGGAACUAUUCCAAUCGAUUUACCAGUUAUGAUGAGUAUUUACAUUAUGAAUGUAUAAUCCAAACAUUAUUUGUAAAGCCUACAGUAUGUUUUUAUUACUUAACACUUUUUUAUACAGUGUCUCUUGUCUUGACUAUGAUAUUGGAGUCUGAGUUGUCAGCUUGGUCCCUUAAAGUUUCUAGUUACAGACAAAAUCAUACUGUGAUUUUAUUUUUAAUAUGGAUAUGCUAUCAAACUGUGAUACACUUAUAAUUCACUGGUCCUGCAUCAGGAGACGGAGUGGGGAAAACUGUAUUUAAUACAGUUUGUAUCUGAAUAAUCUGUAUGGUUUAUACAGUUUGUGUUGUUCAGAGAUGUCUAAAGUUUGAUCUUUGUUUUUUUAAAGAUUAAAAAAAGCACUCGCCCCACUGUAAAUACACAGCAUGUAAAGUUUAUAUAGUAUAUAAAUGGCAGCAAAUUCAA